AUGUCAAUCCUUGCGGACCUACGUUUUGCUGGCGGUAGCACCGUUUUGCAGACUUUGAUUCCAACUAUACUUCUUAUCACGACACAGAAGCAAUCGGUUUUUCGGUAUCUCGCAAUCUUAUGCAUGAUCUGGGUCGCGAGCCAAAAUGUGCGCCAAAUGGCUCGGUCCUGUGGAAUAUUCCCGCUUAUCGCGGGACAAACAUUCAUAAAUAUCCCUCAAGCCGCGAAUUUGCUGCUGAUCAACCCUCUUGAUGCGGAUGACCUCGCCCGCGAGAAGCCUGGCCGUACAAAAACUCUCACUGGGCGUAUGUACUACUCCUUUGAGCUGCUAUGCCAAAAUCGUGGUGUAGGAACUCCCCGACAGGUGAAGGGCAUUCCCUCGUACCCAGCAUACUAUUGUGAUACAAAGAAAGGCGGCAUCACUUUCAUUCCCCGACGUGCUUUUUUGCUAAGACAGUUCGUUGUUUUGGCCUGGCAAUACGCUCUAUGCGAUAUCAUCCAGUUCGCCGUUCACCAACAGGCAGCGGGACCAUCGGCUGUGGUGUUCACAGAACCCAAGUGGAAUGUGUCCCUUAAUGAGUGGAUUAAGCGUUGCCUAACACAUUCUAUUUCUUGGUUUCUGAUUACUCGUAUAUUCAUUGAUUCCCGUUACCGCUUGGUCUCGAUCGUCACCGUUGGACUCGGGAUGAGUUCUCCUCCAGACUGGCCUCCAGUGUUUGGCAGAAUGGCCGAUGCUUAUACGUUACGACAGUUCUGGGGAACCUUUUGGCAUCAGCUUCUACGGCAGCCGUUUACAGCAGUCAGCAACUGGAUCGCCCGCGACAUAAUGCAUCUUCCUAGGCCAUCAGUACUGGAACGAUACACGAAUAUCUUCCUUGUGUUCCUUCAAUCGGGCCUGUUUCAUGUUAUGACCGAUGCUGUCGCGGGUAUUCCUACGCAGUACUCUGGCGCAUUGCCCUUUUUUACAAGUUUCACAUUGGGAAUUAUGAUCGAAGAUGGUAUCCAAGAACUUUAUAAACGGAUGACAGGAUCCGAGGAGCAUUUUGUUCCAAGUUGGAAGCGAGCUAUUGGUUACCUUUGGGUUAUAAUAUGGCUGGGUGUUACAUCAACGUGGCAACUCCAUCCAAGUAGCCAGAAUACUCCUCCACACGAGCUGAGUAUAGUUCCCUUCAGCAUAUCGGAUCGCAUUGGACCUACACCGAUGGCUGGAUUUACCGCAAUAAGCGGUCUUGUUCUGAUUUCCAGAUUUGGUAUUGAAAUGUGA